ACCACCACAACAUAUAGUGGAAUCACCAUAACACGAUUACAUUCCCCACAGCUCCCUCGAUCAUCGAAAACAAAAAUGACGCGUCUUUGCCAGCCUGGCUCCUCCACAUUCUAUCUCUCUCUCUCAAAUAAUAAUAAUAAUAACAAUCCCAGAAUUAUUUAAUAUUCGGCUUCUUUUGUCUUCCACUCUGUAGUGCCCGUAACAAACACACACUCCCCAUGCCUCCAAAAUUCCGGCCACUCUUCUUCACCAUUCUUCUUCUGGCCACCGCCGCCACCAUUUCCGCACACAGUUUAUCAAAUGCUCUGUCGUUUGAGCACCUCUCUUUGUUUCGAGAAGCGCCGGCGUUUCGAAACGGCCGGGAAUGUCCCCAGGUCACUUGGUCAUCCAUCGUCAACGGUCAGUCCCACGAGGACCCUUCUUCGAUUAUCCACAUUGCCAUGACUCUCGAUUCCACCUACCUCCGUGGCUCCGUGGCCGGCGUCUUAUCCGUGUUGCAGCAUGCUGCUUGCCCUGAGAACUUCGUCUUUCAUUUCAUCGCCACGCACCGCCGCGCUGAGCUCCGCCGCACGAUAACUAUGACUUUUCCCUACCUCAAUUUCCACCUCUAUCACUUCGACGCCGAUUUAGUCAAAGGAAAGAUCUCUUCCUCCAUACGCCGGGCUCUGGAUCAGCCGUUGAAUUACGCGAGAUUUUACCUUGCCGAUCUAUUACCCACCAGUGUACGCAGGAUUAUAUACUUCGAUUCUGAUCUAAUCGUGGUUGAUGACGUGGCUAAAUUAUGGAACAUCAAUUUGGGCGCUCACGUUCUGGGUGCACCCGAGUACUGUCACGCUAACUUCACGAACUACUUCAAUUCCCGAUUUUGGUCUAACCCGGCGUCUGCAGCGUCGUUUAGAGGGAGGAAGCCUUGCUAUUUUAACACAGGGGUGAUGGUGAUAGACCUGUUGAAAUGGAGAGAUGGGAAGUAUACACAGAAACUGGAAUACUGGAUGAGGAUACAAAAGAAGUAUAGAAUCUAUGAUUUGGGUUCUUUGCCGCCGUUCUUGCUUGUCUUCGCUGGGAAUGUGGAAGGGGUCGAGCAUAGAUGGAACCAACAUGGGCUUGGUGGCGAUAAUCUUCAUGGGUUGUGUAGAGCUCUACAUCCUGGUCCUGCUAGCUUGCUCCAUUGGAGCGGGAAGGGUAAGCCUUGGCUUAGAAUCGACUCCAAAAGACCAUGUCCCUUGGAUUUACUGUGGGCUCCUUACGAUCUUUAUCGUCAUUCUUUACUGUUCUCUGACAGUUGAAGCAGAAUAAGCUAGUUCAGGUAGGUAUUUUUCUUGAUUCACUGAGAGGAGGUGAGGAAUAGCGAGGAGAAAAGUGGAAAUGUAAAAUGUUGAUAUCUGGUCUUGAUAAAGAGACAACGGUUGUAGACUGGUGGCGGAGUAUGGACCAAGGGAGCUAGUCACGGCGGUUGGAGUGGGGGAAGUGCGUGGAUAGGGUUGUGAUUCGGUGCAAAGGGUGGGUAGAGAAGACGAUAAGGAAGAAGGUUAAAAGGGGAAUCUGGUAGGUGUGUAAGGUGAGUAAUGCUGGAUUGGCUGCAUGGUAAAAUUCCUUUUUUUUUUUUUUUUUUUUUUGUCUGAUGAAACAAAAGGAUGGCAGUAGUUGGGGUUAGAGGUGCCUUUUUCUUUAAUCACGGAAAUCGCUUUCAAAAAAAAAAAAAGUUGGUUUUCUUUUGCUUUUAUAAAUAGUAGAAAAUUACCUUUGUUAUUGUUUUGGUGAAUGAUUUCUCAUCAUGAUGGCCGCUUGUGUUUUUCGAUUCUAUUGAAUUGUGGGGUCUUUUGAUUGGUGGUAUUUUGGGUGUAUUACAUGGCUUUAGAAUCCGACACUUUUUAAUUUGGAUUUUUUCCCCUUUUAUGUGAUGUAUAGAAUCUUUAUAUAUACACACCUAAUUAUCCAUGUUUGUUGAGUGUCUGGCCAAUUCCCCGACCUUUUCUUACUUAGAACUGAAUCAAUUCAGUUCUCUAAUUCAUGCUAAAAGUUCAAUAGUCUCAGUUUUAUUUCCUAUCCCUUUUCCGUUUUCUCCCUUCUGGGAUUAUUGACCCAAAAUCCUAAAAUUGUAUAUAUGUACUUAAUUAUGAUAAUUUCUUUUGAAAUCUAUUAA